AUGGCCCCACAGAGAACUGUGCAGCUGUCCCUGAAGAAGCCCACCUAUGCUGUGUGCGUGGUGGGAGUUGAGACACUUGUGGAUAUUCACAGUGAUGUGCCCAAGGGGGCCAAGACCUUUGGUGUCUCUGGGAGCUCUGGGGUGGAGCUCUUUGUGGUCUAUGAUCCCACACGGGUGACAGAGCCCACAGGCAAGGUCCGCUGGCCUCUGGACGCCAACGUGAAUGUGGUCGUAUCCGUGGACUCAGCUAGUAAGGACUUAAACGACCUCAAGGUGAAGGUCUCCUACUUUGGGCAGCAGGAGGGCAGUGCCCUGGGCCACAGUGCGCUCUACCUCACUGGUGUCGAUGUUUCCCUCGAUGUCGACACAGGCCGCACAGGUAAGGUGAAGAGGAGCCGAGGUGACAAGAAAACCUGGCGCUGGGGUCCUGCUGGCUAUGGGGCUGUCCUGCUGGUGAACUGUGACCGGGACACUCACAGAUCCAGGGAGAUUGACCUCGCCGACAGCCAGCUGACCUCAUUGGACGACCUGCAGGACAUGUCCCCAAUGGUGCUGAGCUGUGAGGGUCCUGAUGAACUCUUCAACAGCCACAAGCUGGUCUUGAACAUACCCUUAUCUGAUUCCAAAAGAGUGGGGGUCUUCUGCGCUCGGGGUGGGAAUUCUCUCGCAGACUACAAGCAGGUGCUGGGGCCCCAGCACCUGUCCUAUGAAGUCGAGCGGCAGCCAGGGGAGCGGGAGAUCAGAUUCUAUGUGGAGGGGCUCACCUUCCCUGACGCUGACUUCUUGGGGCUGGUUUCCCUCAGCGUCAGCCUGGUGGACAAAGGGACAGUGCCCAAGGUGACCCUCUUCACAGACACUGUGGCCUUCCGUAUGGCCCCCUGGAUCAUGACCCCCAACACCCAGCCUCCCCUGGAGUUGUAUGUGUGCAGUGUGGUAGACUCUCAUGGCCCAAAUGACAAAUUUCUGAAUGACAUGUCUCACUUGGCAUUGAAAGCCAACUGCGAGCUGAUCAUCUGCCCUCAGAUAGAAAACCGAAAUGACCGCUGGAUCCAGGAUGAGAUGGAGUUUGGCUACAUUGAGGCCCCUCACAAAUCCUUCCCUGUGGUCUUUGACUCCCCCCGUAACAGAGGCCUGAGGGAUUUUCCCUAUAAGAAGAUCCUGGGUCCUGACUUUGGAUACGUAACCCGGGAGAUCCCGUUCUCGGGCCCCUCCAGCCUUGACUCCUUUGGCAACCUGGACGUCAGCCCGCCCGUCACGGUGGGCGGCACCGAGUACCCCCUGGGCCGGAUCCUCAUUGGCAGCAGCUUCCCCAGGUCCGGUGGGCGGCAGAUGGCCAAGGUGGUGCGGAACUUCUUGCAGGCCCAGCAGGUGCAGUCGCCCGUGGAGCUGUACUCAGACUGGCUCUCUGUGGGCCACGUGGAUGAGUUCAUGAGCUUUGUGCCCACCUCCGACCAAAAGGGCUUCCGGCUGCUCCUGGCCAGCCCCAGCGCUUGCCUCAAACUCUUCCAAGAGAAGAGAAAGGAGGGUUACGGGGAGGCGGCCCAGUUUGAUGGGUUAAGACACAAGGCAAAGAGAACCAUUAACGAGAUGCUGGCGGACAGACGCCUUCAGAAUGACAGUCUCCAUGUACAGAAAUGCAUCGACUGGAACCGUGAUGUGCUGAAGCGGGAGCUGGGCCUGGCCGAGAGGGACAUCGUGGACAUCCCCCAGCUCUUCUCCAUGAAGGGUGCCUACGCAGAAGCCUUCUUCCCCGACAUGGUCAACAUGGUGGUCUUGGGCAAGUACCUGGGCAUCCCCAAGCCCUUCGGGCCCAUCAUCAACGGCCGCUGCUGCCUGGAGGACAAGGUGCGGUCCCUGCUGGAGCCGCUGGGCCUCCACUGUGUCUUCAUUGAUGAUUACUUGUUCUACCACGAGCUGCUUGGGGAGAUCCACUGCGGCACCAACGUGCGCCGGAAGCCUUUUCCCUUCAAGUGGUGGAACAUGGUGCACUGA